AUAUCAAGCCUCCAGUAAUACCCGUUACCGUUCUUUCUCACUCCUCGUCAUUUUGCAUGACGGAUUAAUUAUAUGAUUACAAAGGAAACAAAUAUAUUAAAACUAAACCUCCGUCUUUCCAAAACUAGACACAAUGUCACUAGUCUCUGCCAUCUUCGUAGUAUCAUACUACGUUCCACCAUAAUGGCACCGUCCUUCGCUAAAGAGCUGCUACGACUCACUGCAUUCGUUCCGAUCAUUCAAUCGUGCUACGCUACAUCACUCUAUUCCACAUACAGCUUUAAUCCUCUCGAGCAUCUUGGCGGUGUAGCCCCAUACUUCGAGCCUCAAGAUCCCCCAACAUCUCCAGCGCCUCCCCAAGGAUGUACAGCAUCACGAGCAGUUUAUCUCUCCCGUCAUGCGGCAAUCUAUGCCAAUGAUUACGAUCUGGAGGAUUACAUAGAUCCCUUCGUUUCCAAGUUGGAAAAUAACACAGCCAUCGACUGGUCCAAGGUCCCGGCACUGAGCUUCCUUGCCGACUGGACGGCCCCUUUGACCGAUGCCGAAUCAGAGCUGUUGACCCGCGUCGGUAGGCUGGAAGCAGCGCAACUGGGUGUCACGCUCUCGUUUAGGUACCCCAAUCUUAGGCUACCCUCUCGUGUCUGGGCCUCGUCUGCCGAACGAACCUUCAGGUCAGCAAAAUCGUUAGCAAGAUCAUUGGAGCUAGAUGACAAUGAAAUCAACGUCGUCAGCAUCUACGAAUCCAGAGAAUCUGGCGCGAACAGUCUCACUCCGUACCACAGUUGCCCAGCCUACUCUGGUUCAUUUGGAAGCGAUCAGUCUGCAGUGUAUCUUGAUAUCUUCACCAAACCGAUAAUGGCGAGGUUGAAUGCGUUGGCCCCCGGGUUCAACUUCACGGCUGACGACAUCUACGGUAUGAUGGAGAUAUGCGGCUAUGAAUCAGUCAUCCGUGGAAGCUCACCGUUUUGUGACACGGACCUGUUUUCGCCUGAUGAUUGGCUGGGAUGGGAAUACACGGCCGACGUCAUGUACCACUACAAUGUCGGGUACGGCAACAGGAUCUCUGGAGUGGUGGGAUUACCUUGGUUCAACGCCUCAGCCAAUCUACUGCUAGCAGAUUCGUCUGACCAAGACAUAUUUGUGAGCUAUACCCACCGCGAACUACCGCCUAUGGUCUUGGUUGCCAUGGGUUUAUUCAACAACUCGGCCUUUGGUGGGAGUGAGUCCGCAAUAAACGACACCAUGCCACUAGACAGAAUCAAUCAUCGCCGCGCUUGGAAGAGUUCGCACGUACUACCAUUUGCGAGCAACAUAGCACUCGAAAGACUGAAUUGCUCGGGAAGUUAUGGAUAUGACGAUGGAGAUUACUACCGCAUACUGCUCAACAACGCGCCUCAGCCGUUACCGAGCUGCGCUGACGGACCGGCAACCAGUUGCUCCAGGUCUGGGUUUCAGCAGUACGUUCAAGAGCGUGUUGAGAUGUUCCAAGGGUUUUCAGAGAAAUGUGGUGUCGGAUACGACAAUUCCACAGAUACCCUGUCAAUUUAUACAGAUCCAAGCGUAGGGAACGGGACAGUUGUUGGGAAGAGAUACGAGGCGUUCAAAGGUCGCCUAGACGUCUAAAGUAUUAUUAAUGUAUAAUGUCGAUUUAUAGUGAACGUGUAACAGACACGCGAAAAAGACCGAACAUAACUGUUUCCGGGCUUCAACGAAAAAAUAUCAAUAGCAUCGCUGAAGAGUUGUUUGGUGUUAAUGAGAUCCCAAGUGUGCUUCAGGCAAACGAGAUUGUCAAAGAUUAUGGCGCGAUACUUACCCUCACCCUAACCCCAACCCUACCCCUACCCCUACCCAUAGGCAUGGAGAGUACCCCCUUUACAAUCUAAUUGACUAAUAUGUGCAUCGCGUGUAUGAAAAUAUAUCCAAUGCAAC